AUGGCCGACAAUGGAACCCAUGAUAUCAGGACCGAGUCGAAUGGCCCUCUUGUGAAUGGUAUUGCCAUUGGCUUUGUUGUUGCUUCGGCCGCGGUCCUCUCACUUCGACUCUACACUCGCCUGGUUCUCCUCAAAACAGCCGGAAAGGAUGAUUGGACCAUGUUGAUCGCCAUGUGCCCUAAGGCAUGA